AUGGCGGAGCUAGCUGAAGCAUUUGGCACCCCCGCUCCGCGCGAGGAUUCUGGCCAUCGGCGCCCCGUGGUGACUCCGAUCGUCCGAAGUAUUGAAGCCUCGCCAUGGACAUUAUUGGGUCAUCGAACUGACGGUGGCAACCUGCAGACCACAAGAGGGUCGUCAAAAAGUGAAGCUGGUGUAUCCAUUGAGGGGGCCCAGGCCUCGGUCGACGAUCUUGUUGAGACGACAGUCGUGAUUGGGUUACAUCAUGGCUGGGCGUGA